GUUAUAAAUAAAUAAAUAAUCGCUUAUUAAAUGUCGUUUCCCAUCACACGGUACUCACGGUAUCCAUGGCAACUCUAUACUUCCUGUUUCUGGGUGACGUACCGAUGAGCCUCACACUUCCGUAAUCAGCAUACAUAAGCGUGUUGAACAAUUCAAAAUACAUAAAAGUAAACUCCAUUAUGAGGAAGAAGCGAAUCAGAGCUGACAACAUCAACCCUGUGGGGUCUGAAUGGAUCCUUUACUACACUGACACAGCAAGGCAAUUAGCAUAUUUUGCUUUAUUAUUAUUGAUUGUAUGUUUUGCAAAAGACGGAGCCUUGCCCUGUCAUUGCAUCAAAUCAUCAAAAGCUGCAAUAACCAUGAACCAAGAUGCACAAUUGUCACGGUCCUUCAACAUAAAGCGCACGACUUGUACUUUCUGCCGAGAAAGUAAAAGCUCUGCUUCGCGUGACGUAACGUAAAGGCGAGCCCGUGUUUUUCCGUAGAGCUGGAGACAUUCACUUUAUGCAAGCCUCCACCUGACCUGACGCCUGUGCACCGCUCAGCACUGAGAAGAAGCAGCACCUGAGUCCCACAGGAAUUUGUUACGUGACACCAGAAGAACAGGUGUAACAGGUGAACAGGAACCAUGUCUGCUGUCUACCUUCUCCUCCUGCUGGUCCCCACAAUCUCGGCUCAGACUUUUCGCUUUGGUGCCUGCCCUACUCCGAAGGUGCAGUCUAACUUCAGCCUUCAGCUGUACCUGGAUAAGUGGUAUGAGAUUGAGAAGCUGCCUGCUUCUUUUGCCAGAGGACAGUGCAUUGAAGCGAAUUAUUCCGUAAGGAAAGAUGGGACUAUCCGAGUGUUGAACUCUCAGGUUUUGGGUGGUAAAAGGGAGUUUAUAGAAGGGACAGCUGUGGUUCCAGACCGACAAGAACCAGCUAAGCUUGGAGUUUCCUUCUCAUAUUUUACACCCUAUGGCCCAUACUGGGUGCUGGAGACAAACUACACCAACUACACCAUUGUGUACUCCUGCACAGACAUUCUGCGCAUAUUCCACGUUUACUACGCCUGGAUUCUCGCACGGUCACCCUCCCUGCCUCCAGAGACGGUGCAUUACGCCAAGCAGUUGCUAACUGAUAAAGGAAUCGAUAUUUCCAAGAUGACUCCCACAUAUCAGAGCUGUGGAAAUAUUUAGGAACUGACAGAGAGGUUCAUUCAUUAAAGGGUUUUUCUGUUUGUAGAACUAAUUAUUUAUCCUACCAGCCAUGAAAUCAUAGUACAUCUGUUACAUUGUUGUUUCUUUUUAUUUCAUCAUUGUUUUAAUCAUUUUAAUUUUGUCAUUUGAUUACAAAGUGAAUGGAUUAAAGUAAUAUUUUGAGAUAAAAUUCAUUUGAUAAUUAAAACAUUUAUAUAGUACAUAUUCUUGCAAAGAAUUAAACACUACAUCUGUAAAAAAGUGAUUGGUUUGGAUAGUAAUUAGUCAACAAAAAUAGCAACAUCCUUUUUAUAUUCUAUCUAUAGUGCAUCUUUUAUUAUUUACAACAAUGAGCAAAUCAUGCUGUUCUUGGUGAUGGAGCGAAAAAGAAACUGUGGAUCUGUUCUACUUAGAUUAGAGCUGUUUUUUUUUCUUUUCAUUUGAACUGGAAAUAAUCUAUUGAACAUGCAGUCCUGUCUCACAGUGAUGCAAUAAAUGAUUCUAUGUGCAA